GGAGGGCGGUCAAGCGCGGGAGCGGGUAGCCCGGGGAGGCGCCGCCCAGGAGGCGCCCAGCCAGCUGCGGCCGCCGGGCUGGGGCAGGCACCCAUUGGCCACCUUUUUCCACCUGUUUUUCCGAGUGAGUGCUAUUAUUACCUACUUGUUCUGUGACUGGUUCAGCAACAGCUUUGUUGCCUGUUUUGUCACUAUUCUCCUCCUUCUAUCCUUUGACUUUUGGUCAGUUAAGAAUGUGACAGGAAGACUUUUGGUUGGUUUGCGUUGGUGGAACCAGAUUGAUGAAGAUGGAAAAAGCCACUGGGUGUUUGAAGCAAAAAGGGUGCCUACAAUAGCUGCCUCAACCGAAGCUGAAGCUCGAAUCUUUUGGCUUGGUCUCAUUAUCUGUCCAGUUAUUUGGACAGUGUUUUUCUUUAGCACCUUGUUCUCCUUGAGGCUGAAAUGGCUGGCUCUUGUAAUAGCUGGGAUCUCCCUUCAGACUGCUAAUCUGUAUGGCUACAUCCACUGCAAGUUAGGGGGACAAAAAAGCAUCAGCAGAGUAACUUCAAGGCUUUUUGUCACAGCAGAUGUUCCCAAGAGUAAGUACGGAGCUGGUCUGUCAGCUACAGCCGCUGACCUGCCUCACGCUGUUGGUUUGGGCUCUUGCCAGGCCUUGGUUCCUGCACUGCCUCCUGGCAGGGCUGGCGCGACUCCUCCGUCAGCCUCUCGUGGAACUCGCUCGGAGGGGCCGUACCGGUGUCAUGGUGCUCCGGGUUCGGGAGCCGGCUGA